CAGGAGGAGCAGACCAAGGACGCCGAGUGGCGCCGUCGCACCCUGCUGACCAUCCAGGCCGGCCCCUCCACACCUCCUCUCGACCUCCCCGCCGCUCGAGCCGCCUACGACCGACGCUGGGCAGCGCUGGACGCAUCCCCAGCCCCCGCCUCAACCACCACUUCCCAGCCGCUGCCGCCGCUGCUCUACUCCGACAUCCCCUGGCCCCUUGAACCACCUCCCUCAGUCCCAGUCCGACCCGCCCUCCCAGCUCCCACCGGCCCCCCUCCGCCGCCACCGCCGCCGCCAGCGGCGCCACCUCCUCCCUCGGCUGAGGCCCUCCGUGACUUCCUGUUGUGUGGCGCGGCGGGUCCUGCGGAUGUGAAGCGACGGUUGCGAGCGGAGCUGCUGCGCUGGCACCCG